GCAUUUUAUCUCCCGUUAUCUCGCUCUUAGUCAACGGUCGUUCUUCGCGGCCCCGAGAUAUCUCGAGCUAGCGGCGGCGAAGUCGUGGAGCGGACGGGCGUUUCGCGGGGCUUCAGAAACUUUCCGGACUUUGUGACCUUCGCGACUCCACUGGCCUCCAUGCAACGCGGGUCGGCCAGCACCCGCGUGGCUGCGCAUUUCCCGGGCACAUGGGUUCGAGGGCAGUUCCACAACGUGCACGGUCCCAACGCCAUCGUAGAAUGGGAUGACCAGUGGAUGCGGUUCCUGGCCAAGCGCUUGGAAACGAGCACUGAGGGAGGGGCGUUCGCCUUUUCCUCUAAGCAGAUGUCGAUCAACGAGAAGCUCAUGGUCAGGGUGACGGGCGUGGACAGGACCUUCGCACGGUCUUUCACGUUCGGUCUGACCACCUGUGACCCGAGCGCACUCGAGGACGAAGCUCCACGGUUGCCAAACGAUCACAGGGCGCUCCUAAACCGACCGGAGGUUUGGGUCUUCAAGGAGGACGUCGACAAAGACUGCGGCGUGGACGACGAGUUGGUCUUCGUGAUAAGGGAAGGUAACGUGCAGUUUUCUCGCAACAAUCGGGCCUUCCGAACUAUUCUUCAAGUAGGCGACUCCCAACGGUUCUACGCGUUUUUUGAUGUCUCGGGUCGCGUGACCAAGCUAACGUUUGAACUCAGCUCGAGACACCCCGGCCAGUGGCAGGACUGGGCAGGACUCAAACGCAGUUGA